AUGUCCAUGUACCCGCAUCGCGCCAUGGGCGCGGUGCCCCCCAAUAACUCGGCCCGGCUCAAUGAGCUCCUCGACCAAAUCAGAUCCGAGUUCGACACCCAGAUGCGCCAGACGGAGGGCUACGAACACCAGAUCCAGGCUCAAGUUCAGGAGAUGCAGCUUGUUAGAGAAAAGGUGUACGCCAUGGAGCAAGCGCAGAUGAACCUCAAGCAAAAGUAUGAAGAGGAAAUUGCCAUGCUCCGCCGCCAGCUUGAGGGAGCUCGUGGAAACGCGCCCCCAAGCAUCGGCGGUCCUCCUCCUCACGCGGGCCCGUCGCAACAGCCCCCUUCCAUCACCCCCGGCACCGGUCUCUUCAACGGUAUCAUGACCGGUGGUGGCCAGGGCCAGCUGGCCCCUCCUCCGCCCCCUCCUCCCCCUCAGGACCAGCAAAUGGGCCCGCAGCAUCAGAUGGCCCAGGGACCUCCGGGUCUGCCUGUCCCGCCUCCGCCGCCGCCUCAGUCGCAGCAGCCUUUCCAGCAAUACCCCCCGGGUCCCGGUGGGCCCGUAUCUAAUGGGCUCGGCUCCCAGCCCCCCCAGACCACCGCAUCACCGGGUCCGGGCAGACGUGGAAUUGGAAGACCACCUGCAGCUGUCGGUCCGGCUACACCCCAGAUCAACACUCCCAUUCCUUUCCCGGGCGCCACCCAGUCGCCUCAAGUCAGCCAUCCUACUCCCGACCACGCGCGGAUGGGGGGCCCCCACGCUCCGCCGGUGGGAAACGCCCUUGGCGAUCUUGACCCUGAUCGCCUGCCGCCUCACUCAAAGAAAUCGGGUCACGACUGGUUCGUCAUCUUUAACCAACACGUGCCUCGCAUGUUGGAUGUCGAUCUUGUCCACACUCUCGCACACGAGAGUGUAGUCUGCUGCGUGCGCUUCAGCCACGACGGCAAGUACGUAGCCACCGGCUGCAACCGCUCCGCUCAGAUUUACGAUGUUCAGUCUGGCGAGAAGCUCUGUGUCCUUCAGGAUGACACUGUGGAUAUCACUGGUGAUCUGUACAUUCGCAGCGUUUGCUUCAGUCCCGAUGGCAAGUACCUCGCUACCGGUGCUGAGGACAAGUUGAUUAGAGUUUGGGACAUUCAGUCCAGAACGAUUCGCAACACCUUCUCCGGCCACGAGCAAGACAUCUACUCUCUCGACUUUGCCCGCGAUGGUCGCACGAUUGCCUCUGGCAGUGGAGAUAGAACCGUCCGUCUCUGGGAUAUCGAGCAGGGCACCAACACCCUCACCUUGACUAUUGAGGACGGUGUCACAACUGUUGCCAUUUCUCCCGACACCAGUCCCGAUGGCCACAAGGACAGCGUCUACAGUGUUGCCUUCUCUCCUAAUGGCAGAGACCUCGUCAGUGGUAGUUUGGAUAAGACAAUCAAGAUGUGGGAGCUCAGCACCCCUCGCGGCUUGCCCAAUCCCGGACCCAAGGGGGGUCGUUGCGUCAAGACUUUCGAGGGUCACAGGGACUUCGUUCUCUCUGUCGCGCUUACGCCCGAUGCCGCUUGGGUCAUGUCUGGUUCCAAGGACCGUGGAGUGCAGUUCUGGGACCCCCGCACUGGCGCUACGCAGUUGAUGCUUCAGGGCCACAAGAACUCGGUCAUUUCAGUUGCUCCUAGCCCAACGGGCGGCUACUUCGCCACCGGCUCUGGUGAUAUGCGGGCGCGUAUCUGGUCUUACCGAAGCGUCCAGUAG